GGGUCCAAGAACUGGUUGAGAAGAAAGCGUGAGAGAUCUGAAGAGAAGGGUUUGUUUCAAGUUUUGAUCUUUUGGGUUGGUUGAUUUAGAUGGCCAUUGAAGCUCAGAUGUGUUCAGAGAAUCUUGGGUUUCCAUUGUGCGGCUCACAGGAUUGGAUGGUAGACAAUGGUUAUGGUGGUGGUGGUGGUGGUGGGUUCAGUCACUUCUGUUUCAAUGUUCAACAGAAACACCAACUUCAACAACAACAACAGCAACAACAGCAACAACAAGUACAAAACCAGCAGCAGAUAAAUCAAAAUCUUUGCUUUGAUACCAGUUUUCUGGUUCCCACUUUGGAAAACAACAAUACUUUUAGCAGCAUUAUGGCCUCCUGUUCUCAGACUAUGGAAGCUCAGGCUGCCAAGCAGAGACAAGAGAUUGAUCAGUACAUCAGAUUACAGAACGAGAGAUUGAGAUUGGUACUUCAAGAACAGAGAAAACAGCAGCUUGCAAUGCUGUUGAAGAAAAUAGAGUCUACAACCCAAGUACUAUUAAAGCAAAAGGAUGAUGAAAUAACACAAGCAAACAGGAGAAGAAUGGAGCUUGAAGAUUUCUUGAGAAAAUUAGAGGCUGAAAACCAAGCAUGGCAGAGAGUGGCACAAGAAAACGAAGCCAUGGUUGUGUCCUUAAACAACACUCUAGAACAGUAUAGAGAGAGAGUCUCGUGUUGUCUCAUUAAUGGGGCAGACGAUGCAGAGUCUUGCUGUGAUAACAGAGAAGAAGAAGAAGCAGAGAGUGAUGGUGUUGAUUAUGAACAGAUAAGGAUGAAGAUGAAGGUUUGCAAAAGCUGUAAUUCUCGGAGUUCGUGUGUCCUGUUCCUUCCUUGCAGACACCUUUGUUCAUGCAAAGCUUGUGAGGCGGUUCUUGAUUGUUGCCCUGUUUGCAGAACACCAAAGAAGGCCAGCAUAGAGGCUUUGAUUUCCUAGGCUGAUUUUCCGGGAAAAAGUGAAGAGAGAAAAAAAGGGAAAGAAAGUGACUGAGAAUGCUUGGUUUUAGCAGGAUGAUGUGAAUGAUGAUCAUUGAUGAUGGAGUGAACAGAACCAUUUUCGAUACAAAUGGUUUUUUUAUUAUUUAAUUUUAUUUAAUUUACUUUUUUCCUUUUUAUGGUCUCUGAAUUUAGAUUUUAGUUUGUACUUUAGACGACCAACAACCCAAUUGAACAGAAAAAUACAGCACAGAGCAUCUUUUUCCUUU